UGGACUUCUUUACAGCUGUGUGUGUGUGUGUGUGUGUUGUUUUUGUGUUAUUGCUACGUUUAGCCGCCGACUUGCAUCUACCUAGAGUAUCCUUGGUCAGGGAUACAUUGUUCAAGAGAUGUAUCCACAAAGCAGGCACCCGGCCCCGCAUCAGCCCUCUCAACCGUUCAAAUUCACCGUGGCCGAAUCAUGCGACCGGAUCAAAGAGGAAUUUCAGUUCUUGCAGGCGCAGUAUCACAGUUUAAAGAUGGAAUGUGAUAAACUCGCGAAUGAAAAAACGGAGAUGCAACGUCACUAUGUUAUGUAUUACGAGAUGUCUUAUGGUCUGAACAUUGAAAUGCAUAAGCAGACGGAGAUUGCCAAACGACUAAACACCAUCUUGGCACAGAUCAUGCCUUUUCUUUCUCAAGAGCACCAGCAACAAGUAGCUCAAGCUGUCGAACGUGCCAAGCAAGUGACAAUGACGGAGUUAAAUUCGAUCAUCGGGGUACGUGGAGUUCCCAAUCUGCCUCUCACACAGCACCACGCUUUCUACCCACCUCUCAUGCAGCAGCAGCUCCAGGCUCAGCACCUCUCCCACACUCACGCUCCCGUCCAAAUGCCUCCCCACCCCUCCGGACUUCAGCCUCCUGGAAUCCCCCCCGUCACCGGGAGCACCUCCGGACUCCUGGCUCUCUCCAGCGCCCUGGGCAGCCAGGCUCAGCUGUCGGUGAAGGACGAGAAGAAUCACCACGAACUGGACCAUCGAGAGAGGGACUCCGGUGUGAAUAACUCGGUCUCGCCUUCGGACAGCCUACGGCCAAAUGAAAGAAACAACAGGAGUUCCUCGGACUACCUGGAUGCAAAGAAGCGAAAGGUUGAAGAGAAGGACUCAAUGAACAGAUAUGACAGUGAUGGCGAUAAGAGUGAUGAUUUGGUUGUCGAUGUUUCCAACGAGGAUCCGGCCACGCCUCGGGUCAGCCCUGUCCACUCUCCCCGUGAGAACGGCCUGGACAAGGCCCGUGGCAUGAAGAAGGAUGCACCCAACAGUCCCGCCUCUGUGGCUUCAUCCAGCAGCACGCCGUCGUCGAAGACAAAGGAGAUGGGCCACAACGACAAGUCGUCGACCCCCGGCCUGAAGUCCAAUACGCCAACCCCACGCAACGAGGCUCCUACUCCGGGCACCAGCUCCACCCCAGGCCUGCGAACAAUCACGGGAAAGCCCCCCGGCAUCGACUCGUUAGCACCUGCCCUCCGUGCGCCAAUCUCGCUGGCCAGCUCGUACGCACCUUUCGCGAUGAUGCCCCACCACGACAUGAACGGCGCGCUGACCAGUCCGGGCCCUUACUCCAGCCUGCACAUCUCACCGCAGAUUAACGCAGCCGCCUAUCGAUCCCCCAUGGUGAGCUUUGGCGGUGUCGGCUUCGACCCCCACUCCCACAUGCGGGCACCUGGACUGUCCGCGGGCAUGGCCUCGAUCCCAGGAGGAAAGCCUGCGUAUUCCUUCCACGUCAGCGCAGACGGACAGAUGCAGCCGGUGCCCUUCCCGCCGGAUGCACUGAUCGGCUCUGGGAUCCCCCGGCACGCUCGGCAGAUCAACACCUUGAAUCACGGCGAGGUGGUGUGCGCUGUCACUAUCAGCAACCCCACCAGGCACGUCUACACCGGCGGCAAGGGCUGCGUGAAGAUCUGGGACAUCAGCCAACCCGGCAGCAAGAGUCCCGUCUCCCAGUUAGACUGCCUAAACCGGGAUAACUACAUCCGUUCCUGCAAGCUUCUCCCCGAUGGACGUACGCUGAUCGUCGGAGGGGAGGCGAGCACGCUCACGAUAUGGGACCUGGCCUCACCCACACCACGGAUCAAGGCCGAGCUCACAUCCUCCGCGCCGGCCUGCUACGCGCUGGCUAUCAGCCCUGACGCUAAAGUCUGUUUCUCCUGCUGUAGUGACGGGAACAUAGCCGUGUGGGAUCUGCACAAUCAGACGCUGGUCAGGCAGUUCCAAGGGCACACGGAUGGUGCCAGUUGUAUAGAUAUCUCUCAUGAUGGCACUAAACUAUGGACGGGAGGUUUGGAUAACACUGUGAGGUCCUGGGAUUUAAGGGAAGGACGGCAACUUCAGCAACACGACUUUACCUCACAGAUCUUCUCUCUGGGUUACUGCCCCACGGGGGAGUGGUUAGCGGUGGGAAUGGAGAGCAGCAACGUCGAAGUGUUGCAUCACACUAAACCAGACAAGUAUCAGCUUCACCUGCACGAGAGCUGCGUCCUGUCGCUCAAGUUCGCCUACUGUGGGAAGUGGUUUGUCAGCACCGGUAAGGACAACCUACUGAAUGCCUGGAGGACACCGUACGGUGCCAGUAUAUUCCAGUCAAAGGAAUCCUCAUCUGUGUUAAGUUGUGAUAUCUCGGCUGAUGACAAGUACAUCGUCACUGGAUCCGGCGACAAAAAAGCAACGGUCUAUGAGGUCAUCUACUGAAGGGGGAUAAACCACGUUAGCACUUUAGAUUGCGGCAUUCAGGAUUGGCUCGAAAUACACCUUUCAUACAGAGAAGGAAUCCAUUGUAUGUUACAGUCAACCUAACGAGAGAACUGGUUUACAAAGCUCGCUUUUGGGGUAUUCGAGGCUUGCUUUACGUCAGAGCUGAUGACUCUCCUUGUGGCCGAGGGAGGCUUGGAGUGUAUCCCGUUUGAAUGGGAGAUGUUUGAGAUUUACCGGCAGCCCAACCAGAACUUCCUUUCUCUGAACUUUUUCCGUGGCGUACCUUGGGAAGUGCCACUGGGCGGCACGGCGCAUACGGAUGUUUUGGACUCCGAUGUGAAGCGGCGCUUCGCUAGUGAUCUGUGCUGUAAAUAUUGGGUGGAGUUGGGGUUCUGCCCGGCUCUUUGGGGGUACUUCUGCAUUGUGCCCUGAGACAUGGCACCAAGUUCUGGGGUGCAGCCUGUAGGGAAUUGAACUGCGUCCCAGGAAAAUAAAAAAAAAACAAGGUUCUUAAAUUUAGAAGAGAGUUGUUCUAGAUUGAGAGGGAAUGGCCAAAGGGACUUGGAAAGUGGAAAAGUUGGCCUUAUUGUGAGUAUACCUUCCGACCUAUGGAUUUAAGGUCAUCACUCUUGCUUCAAGGCCAACAUUCUGACGAGGGAACUGAACCGGACGAUACGUUGAUGUGAUGUUGAAGACACUGCUCAGGGAAGCUGUAGAACAGGCUUGAGUGUUUCUCUUUGUUCCUCCGUUGUGUGCGUUGAACCAUUGACGGGGAAGUUCGUUGGAGGUGGUGAUGGAGGAUUUGGACUUUUCAGAAUAGAUUUAUUUUUUAAGAAUUCCCUCUGCCCACACGAGUUUCUCUGCUUCGUGAUUGAAUUGGUCUCAGGUCAGCUUUUAGUCUGAUCUGUUCUAUGUGUGUAUAUAUGUUCAAAUUCCAGAUAGCUAGUGGUUGCAGUUCCUGCAAAAAAAAAGUCUUGAUUUAUUUUUACUUUUUAACACUUCAGCUGUAAGAGUAAAGUACAUAACAAUAGUGUCUCACAAAGUAUCACUGUGUGUCUUUCUAUGUUUGGUUAUGAGUGGCGUUCAUUGAAUCCGAGAGCUGUACUGCACAGGAAAAGGCCGUUCGGCCCGGCUUGUCUAUACGUGUACAAACAUUACAACAUAGUACAGGCCCUUUGGCUCACUAUGUUGUGGCAGUGUUUUAACCUACUCCAAGAUCAAUCUAACACUUCCCUCCUACAUAGUCCUCCAUUUUUCUAUCAUCCAUGUGCCUGUCUAAGAGCUCCUAAUGCCCCUAGUGUGUCUGCCUCUACCACCACCCUUGGCAGGGUAUUUCUGAAAAGAACUUACCUCUGACAACCCCCCUAUGCUUUCCUCCAAUCACCGUAAAAUUACGCCCCCUCGUGUUAACCGUUUCCACCCUGGGAAAAAGUCUCUGGCUGUCCACUCUAUCUAUGCCUCUCAUCACCUUGUGCACCUCUAUCCAGUCAGCUCUCAUCCUCCUUCACUCCAAAGGGAAAAGCACUAGCUCGCCACAGAGUGAGAUGAGGCCACUUUUGGAGUUCUGUGGAACCGGAUGAAAAGGAGACACCAGCAUAUUGUUUCAAAGCGCAGUCAGGUUUGAGGUGGUGAUGUUGCUAUGAGUCUAUCUGCCUAUCGGAACUGAGCAACCAGUGUUCAUAUUGCCCUCCCGAUUAUACUGCUAUUUGGACGAGGCACAGGAGCAGAAUUAAACCAUUUUUGGCCCAUCGAGUCUGUUCCGCCAUUCCACCUUGCCUGAUUUAUUAUCCCUCGCGUCCCCAUUCUUCCCCUAAUCUUUGAUGCCCUGUCUAGUCAAGAACCUAUCAAACUCUGCUUUAAAUAUACCCAAUUACUUGCCCUCCUCGGCUGUCUGUAGCACCGAAUUCCAGAGAUUCUCUACCCUCUGGCUAAAGAAAUUCCUCCUCAUCUCUGUUGUAAAGGGAUGUCGUAUUCUGAGCCUGUGCCCUCUGGUCCUAGACUCCUCCACCAUUGCAAACAUCCUCUCCACAUCCAUUCCAUCUAGGCCUUUCAAUGUUUGAUGGGUUUCAGUGAGAUUCCUCCCUCCAUUCUUCUGAACUCCAGCAAGUACAGAUCAGAGCCAUCAAACACUCCUCAUAUGCUAACCCUUUUAUUCCUUUCAAGAAUGAUUCUCUCCAGUGCCCGCACAUCCUUUCUGAGAUGAGGGGUCCAAAACUGUUCACAAUACUCAAAGGCCACUCUUUCCCCUGCUCUCCACUCUUCCCGCUCCUAUCUGAUCCAUCAUUCUCCCUUAACAAGUGGAGCUUUUGACUGUUUAUAAUGUCGUCGCCGAGAAGUACAGCACACGAAGAGGCCCUUCGUCCCAUCUAGUUCAUGUUGUUUUGGAGGGGAUUUGGGGGUGCUUCCUCUUAAGGCAUAGAACAGUGCAGCACUAUACAGUCCCCUCAGCUCAUGCUGUGUCAACCUUUUAACCUACUCUUAAGAUCAAUCUAACCCUUCCUUCCCACAUAGCCCUCCACUUAUUUUUCAUCCAUGUGCCUAUCAAAAUGUAUCUGUCUCUGCCACCACCUCCGGCAGCGCGUUCCGCACACCCGUCACUCUCCAGGUAAAAAUAUACUUCCCACUGACGUCCCCUCCCGAUAGUUUCCUCCUGUCACCUUCCAAAUCCGAGUUAUUUAUUAUAUAUAUAUAUUGAAACAGUGAAAUGCAUCGUUAGCGACCAGCACAGGGGGCAGCCCACUCAUAAUAGUCAUUAUACCCUGGGGAAAAUUUCUGUGGCUGUCCAUUUGAUUCAUGCCUCUUAACUUGUACACCUGCAUUGAGUUCACCUCUCAUCCUCCUCCACUCCAAAGGGAAAAGCCUAGCUCACUCAACCUGUCCUCAGAAGACAUGCUCCCUAAUCCAGGCAGCAUCCCUGGUAAAUUUCUGCACCCUCUCUUAAAGCUUCCACAUCCUUCCUAUAAUGAGGCAACCAGAACCAAACUGGUGAGAGAAUUUAGAACAAACAGUCUCCGCUAACAGGGAGUUAUCCCUGUAAGACAUAGGUGAGGCAAAACAUUUGAGGAUUGUGAGUCCCUGCACAUCUUCCUUGGGACAGUGCAAGGAGGGUCUUUACAUUAGAGGAUGGUUGCCAUGGUGAGGUGAGAACAUAGAACUGAACCUGCAGUCUGAAUAUGAAGGGCUGAAUGGCCUUUCCCUUCUCCCAGUAUGUAUAUUCCCUCCCACCCCCACCAAUCUCUGCUGAGGAGAGCAGUGCUUUCCCACACAGUCGGAGGUGAGGCUUCUCUCAGCUUUGAGAUUAUUUUACAAACUCAAUUAGACAUGGAAAGGGGGCAUUGUGAUUGGGACUCUACUCUCCUGAGUGUCAGAAAAUGAGGGGUGAUUUGAUAGAGAUAGACAGAAUUAUGGGGGGUAUGGAUAGGUAAAUGCAAGCAAGCUUUUUCUGCUGAGGCUAGGUGAGACUACAACUAGGGGUCAUGGGUUAAGGGUGAAAGGUGAAAUGCUUAAGGGGAAACUUCUUCACUCAGAGGGUGGUGUGAGUGUGGAACAAGCUGCCAGCAGAAGUGGUGGAUGGAGGUUCAACCUCAACAUUCGAGAGAAUUUUGGGUAAUUACGGGAAUGGGAGGGCUCUGCUCAAGGUGUGGGUCAACGGGACUAGGCAGAGUAAUGGUUUUGCAUGGACUAGAUGGGCUGAAGGGCCUGUUUCUGUGCUGUAAUGCACUAUGACUCGAGGCCAUUCAGCCUGCGUCUCGGCUAUGCAAGGUAGCAGCUCGGAGAGUGUGGCAUAAGUUUGAUGCCACACCAGAUUUUUGGCAUUGGGACCCAUCUGAUCGACAAAGUGCUCCCAACUGAUUCAGAGAUGAUGCUUGUAAAGGCAGAAACCAUAGAAAAACUACAGCACAGAAACAGGCCUUGCUCUGUCAGUAUAAUGGACACCAAACUACUUGCAGUGUGCACAGCUCCCAACACGUGUCUGCAACGUUCAGGCCAAGUGUGCAUAGACGACCAAUAAUUGAGCAACAAAUUCUCUGCUUUCAAGUUUUAUUUCUCCGCUCUCUCUAAACUCACUUCAUCAAUCUCAUUCCCAGACUGUCCCCUCUCCAAUUCUGUGGGCUAACCACACUCUGGUUUGAAUUUCCUCUGUGCAUUAACAACUUGAUUUGAUGAUUAAAUUCUGCCCACAAAUCAUCUCGCCCUCAAAAAAAAAAGCAGCAUUUGGUUUGGAUUUUCUUUUCCUUUUAUUUCUUAUUUAGAGAUACAGCACAGAACAAACCCUUCGAGAUGUGCUGCCCAGAAACCCCUGAUUUUACCCUAGCCUAAUCAUGGGACAGUUUACAAUGACCAGCUAACCUACUACCCACUACACCUUUCGAUGGGAGGACACCCGAUCACCCCCCACCCCAACUCCCACCACAUUCCAUGGGGAGGAUGUACAGACUUCUUACAAUGACAUUGGGAUUGAACUCUGAACCUCGCCCCAGCUGUAAUAGUGUCGUGCUUUCCUUAAUGAAAAAUGCAUUCUCAGCAAAGCAGAGGUGAACAACGCUUGGUCACCAUAGUAGUUCUGAAACGACUCAUUGAGUCAUGAGGUAUCCGUUCUUGUGGUUCCUGUCACCAGAUAAACAUAUGUAGCAACUUAACUGCAAUCACACACAAUGAUGUACAGUUGUUAAUA